UCAAAAUUGUAUUUCUCUACCAGUUCGUUCCAAUACUUCGUCGGCAAGCAAAACUUGCCUCUUUUAAGACGCGGUGCACAACAACCCAACCCAGUUACGUGCCUACCAAUCCUCAAAUCGCCAAACCAUAUUCUCCACUAUGAAUGACAACGUAAAGAAGCACCGAUUUUAUCAUCAAGUCCCAACUUUGGAUUUCCGGCGAUUGAAAGUCGUAUCAGCCCUCGGGCGUGGAGCAAAGGGAGUUGUUUUUCUGGUUAACGACCAGGAAUUGAGUGAGUUUUUGGCUCUUAAAGUUAUUCAGAGGGAUUUGAUUGAGAAGAAAAGCAAGGACUCAAACAAUACCAAUGAUGGCGAAGAUGAUUACAAGAGGUUUACCUUUGAACAACAAGUCUUACAGUCCUUCGAUCAUCCACUUCUGCCCAGAUUACGAGGAGUUUUAUCAACCGAUAAAAUUAUCGGGUACGCUAUUGAUUAUUGUCCAGGGCGUGAUAUGAAUUCUCUCAGGAAAAAGCAGACAGAGAAAAUGUUCUCUGAUGAUACCAUCAGAUUUUAUGCUGCGGAGAUGGUUCUCGCAUUGGAGUAUCUUCACAGUCAAGGCAUAGCGUACAGAGAUUUGAAACCAGAGAACAUAAUGAUUCAAGAGAACGGCCACAUAAUGUUAGUCGAUUUCGAUCUCUCAACAAAACUAUCACCGAAAACUCCACAAGCUUCUACGGAAAAGACUCCGGCGUCCUUUACAAAAAGACCUUCUGACUCCGUCCGGAGAAAACGGCGGCAUCUCUUUCAUUGCAUUUGCAACGCUGGCAUUUCUCCAGAAGAUUCGGUCUCUUCAGCGCAACACAGUUUCAAGACAGUACCGAAAAGAGACUCCGAUCACUCGACGGAGAAGUCUAACUCGUUCGUAGGAACGGAAGAGUACGUGGCACCGGAGAUCAUAUCAGGUGAAGGUCACGAUUUCAGUGCAGAUUGGUGGUCCUUAGGAAUCGUUCUCCACGAAAUGUUGUAUGGAGUGACGCCGUUUAAGGGAAGCAAUAGGAAAGAGACUUUUUAUCGAAUUUUAUGCAGACCGGCUGAACUCAUGGGUGAACCGACGCCGCUGAGGGACUUAAUAAGGAAAUUGCUGGAAAAAGAUCCAACGAAGAGGAUUGGAGUAGAGGAAAUCAAAGGCCACGAUUUUUUCAGAGGGUUGGAUUGGGAUUUACUAUUAAACAUCGCCAGAGCACCGUAUAUUCCUCCUUCUCAGUUGGGGAACACCAACAAUGAUGGGGGUCUUGAAGGCAUUAAAGAAAUUGAUGUGGAAUGGUUUGUCCAAGAAAUAUUCCCAAGCAGUGAUGAAGGCGAUAAAAGAAUUGUCAAUAAAACGGUGCGGAGCAAUGGUUCAAAUGACCAACUCCCCGGAACCGAUUAUUCUUCUGUUUUCUAACUUUGUAUUGUUUUUUAAUCACAUCAGAUGACCACAAAUACGAAACUUAAUCAAAAUAUGGUAGUUGUAGUGAGAAUUAGAAUCCUAAAUAACAAUUUUUUCUUUUUAGGUUUUCC